CCCUGACACCGGUCACAGGAACGCUGCCCGGCUGCGGGCUGUUCUCGUUGAGUUUGGUCCUCAGUGGGCCAUGGCCAACGUCUCUAAGAAAGUGUCUUGGUCAGGCCGAGAUCGCGAUGAUGAAGAGGGGGCGCCGCUGCUUCGAAGGACAGGGCAGCCUGACGAGGAGACGCCUCUGCUGAACGGAGCCGGUCCGGGCGCGCGACAGUCUCAUUCUGCACUUUUCCGGAUUGGACAGAUGAACAACGUGGAGCUGGAUGAUGAACUCCUGGACCCGGAAGUGGACCCUCCUCACACCUUCCCCAAAGAGAUUCCACACAACGAGAAGCUCCUCUCCCUCAAGUAUGAGAGCCUGGACUAUGACAAUAGCGAGAAUCAGCUCUUCCUGGAGGAGGAAAGACGAAUCAACCACACGGCUUUCCGGACAGUGGAGAUCAAGCGCUGGGUCAUCUGUGCCCUCAUUGGAAUCCUCACAGGCCUAGUAGCCUGCUUCAUUGACAUUGUAGUGGAGAACCUGGCAGGCCUCAAGUACCGAGUCAUCAAGGACAACAUCGACAAAUUCACAGAGAAGGGCGGCCUGUCCUUCUCCCUCCUGCUGUGGGCCACACUGAACUCUGCCUUCGUGCUCGUGGGGUCUGUGAUUGUGGCCUUCAUAGAGCCAGUUGCUGCUGGCAGCGGAAUCCCUCAGAUCAAGUGCUUCCUCAAUGGGGUGAAGAUCCCUCACGUGGUGCGGCUCAAGACACUGGUGAUCAAGGUUUCUGGCGUGAUUCUGUCUGUGGUAGGCGGACUGGCUGUGGGAAAGGAAGGGCCAAUGAUCCACUCAGGAUCCGUGAUCGCUGCUGGGAUUUCACAGGGAAGGUCAACAUCACUCAAGCGGGAUUUCAAGAUCUUUGAAUAUUUCCGCAGAGAUACAGAGAAGCGGGAUUUUGUCUCAGCUGGAGCUGCGGCUGGAGUAUCUGCUGCAUUUGGAGCCCCUGUUGGUGGGGUCCUAUUCAGCUUGGAAGAGGGCGCCUCCUUCUGGAAUCAGUUCCUAACAUGGAGAAUUUUCUUUGCUUCCAUGAUUUCCACCUUUACACUGAAUUUUGUUCUGAGCAUCUACCAUGGAAACAUGUGGGACCUGUCCAGCCCUGGCCUCAUAAAUUUUGGAAGAUUUGACUCAGAGAAAAUGGCCUACACCAUCCAUGAGAUUCCUGUCUUCAUCGCCAUGGGUGUGGUGGGUGGCAUUCUUGGAGCUGUGUUCAAUGCCUUGAAUUACUGGCUAACCAUGUUUCGAAUCAGGUACAUCCACCGGCCCUGCCUCCAAGUGAUUGAGGCCAUGCUGGUGGCUGCUGUCACAGCCACAGUUGCAUUUGUCUUGAUUUACUCAUCUCGAGAUUGCCAGCCCCUGCAGGGGAGCUCCAUGUCCUACCCACUCCAGCUCUUCUGUGCAGAUGGCGAAUACAACUCCAUGGCCGCAGCCUUCUUUAACACCCCUGAGAAGAGCGUUGUCAGCCUGUUCCAUGACCCACCAGGCUCCUAUAAUCCCAUGACUCUCGGCCUGUUCACCCUGGUCUACUUCUUCCUGGCCUGCUGGACCUAUGGCCUCACAGUAUCUGCUGGUGUCUUCAUCCCAUCACUGCUCAUUGGGGCUGCCUGGGGCCGACUCUUUGGCAUCUCCCUGUCUUACCUCACAGGGGCAGCGAUCUGGGCAGAUCCGGGUAAAUACGCCCUGAUGGGAGCUGCUGCUCAGCUCGGUGGGAUCGUGAGGAUGACCCUUAGCCUGACAGUCAUCAUGAUGGAGGCCACCAGCAACGUGACCUACGGUUUUCCCAUCAUGUUGGUGCUGAUGACUGCCAAGAUUGUGGGUGAUGUCUUCAUUGAGGGCCUCUAUGACAUGCACAUCCAGCUGCAAAGUGUGCCCUUCCUACACUGGGAGGCCCCGGUCACCUCUCACUCGCUCACUGCCAGGGAAGUAAUGAGCACACCUGUGACCUGCCUGAGGAGGAGAGAGAAGGUUGGCAUCAUCGUGGAUGUCCUGAGCGACACAGCAUCUAAUCACAAUGGAUUCCCUGUGGUAGAGGAUGUAGGAGACACCCAGCCAGCCAGGCUCCAAGGCUUGAUCCUGCGUUCCCAGCUCAUCGUGCUCCUGAAGCACAAGGUGUUUGUGGAGAGGUCCAACAUGGGUUUGGUGCAGCGGCGGCUGAGGCUGAAGGACUUCCGUGAUGCCUAUCCACGCUUCCCCCCAAUCCAGUCUAUCCACGUAUCCCAGGAUGAGCGCGAGUGCACCAUGGACCUUUCUGAAUUCAUGAACCCUUCUCCCUACACUGUGCCUCAGGAGGCAUCUCUUCCUCGAGUGUUCAAGCUGUUCCGGGCUCUGGGCCUGAGACACCUGGUGGUAGUGGACAACCACAAUCAGGUGGUCGGGCUGGUGACCAGGAAGGACCUAGCAAGAUACCGCCUAGGAAAGGGAGGCCUAGAAGAGCUUUCGCUGGCUCAGACGUGAGGGCUGGCCCCACCCUUGGACAGCAGCACCCCGGCCCCUCUGCACCUCCUUCCAGGGUCCCUGGUCUCAGCCAAAGCCUUGUUCCCUGGGCAGUGCAGCAACAGGAGCUCUCCCUGGGCUUGGCUGGUGUGGGCCAGACCCUUGUCCUGGGCAGUCGUUUACAUCAUCAGCACUUUGCUUAUUCCCUGACCCUCCAGUCCUCAGACUUGUCCCACUCCUGGGCUGCUUCUCCUAGGAUGAAAUGUGUGUUAUCACACCCUUGUGGCUCACUUCUGAGAGCCAGUAGAGAUGUGUGUGUGUGUGUGUGUGUGUGUGUGUGUGUGAGAGAGAGAGAGAGAGAGAGAGACAGACAGACAGACAGACAGACAGACAGACAGACAAGCAGGCCUGAGCUACUACUUACUGCUGUUGCUGCUGACUGAGCACCUACCCUGUGUCUGGACUGCCCACACCAGCCAGGAGCUUCAGGAGCAAGGGCAUGAGGAGCCGUGCAGCCUGGAGCAGGCUCUGUCAGGGAACCCACGUGUGCCACACAUGCUGCCCUGUGUCUUUGUCCAGAAGAUGGGGAGACUGGUUCUAUGCCUGGGACUUGUGAUCUGAAAAUUGCAUGAAGACUGAAUUUGAGUUCACCUACAUCUGCCCUAGGCUUUUAGACCUGGGGGUCAUGGCACUGGACCACAGCCAGAAAGCAGGUCUUUUCGCAGCACUUAGGUCCUGGAAUCCAUAGUAGCCUGCUUACUACUGUACUGUGUGGUACGCCCUUGGGAAGUGGCCUCCCAGGGCCUGACUAUUCUGGGGCAGCCCUAGGAUGGAUGGACCUGUGGGCACCAGAGCCAAGGAACCUCACCCUUAAACUCUGUAUUGUCAAAGCUGGCUCCACUGGAGCAAGCUGGACCUGACGUCCCUCAGUCACCUUCAGAGUCUUCCCCCAGGACACUUUGUAAAGAUAGUUGCAGUGUCUCUGGCAGGAGUCUGUUACAAGGCCACACAGGUCUUUGGAAAGCUGGCAGCUCCUGCCUUUCAGUUGUCCCUCCAGAAGAGUGGCUCUUCCUUCCAUGAGGAGAUGGGCCUAAGUAUGUUGUCUGGAGCAAGAAAUGAGUUCUCUGCCUCGGGCUCAGUAUUCUGGGGAGUCAGGCACUCAGCAUGCUGAGAAACCAGUGCAGACAGCACUUCUGUAAACAGUAGCUGGUGUCUCUGGUAGGCAGUGGUGCAGUUCUUGAAAGGUAUUGCAGCCAGACCAGGGCCCAGUGGGAGGACCGUCCAGGGACCAUGGCCUUCUCUUCCCAUCUCGUACUUGCUCUCAGGCACACUGCAGAGUAUGGGUUCUGCAGCCUGCUUGGAUGACAUCCUGGCCUCAAGCCUGGGCAUAGCAGGCUCUUCGAGAAGUUAAAACUGGCCUGCCUAACGGGCAGGUCCAAGUGACAAUGCCAGGGGCACUCUGGAUCAGGAAGAGUUGUACCUAAAGUUGGACCCAAGGGGUGAAAAACAUGCACAGGGUCUCAAAGACUUGGUACCAAAAAAGCAUGUGCAAUCUGUCCACAGUUGUGUGUUGACUACAUGUUGAAAUGAUAUUUUUGGAUAUAUUAGGUUAAAUAAAACAAUCAAAGUUUGUCUC